GUUCUGGCAACGAUGAUGCUCGCAUGUAAAUACUAGCGGUCGGAUAAGCUGCUCUUCAGAUUUUCUCUGAACACUGAUUAGUGCAAAACUCCUCCGCAGCAGGAUCAUCUGUUCUGGAAAAUGGAACCCUUCAGGGUAGAAUUCUCGGUGGCCGACGCAUCGAAGCACCAAGGCGACGUUGAGUGCAUCGCUUGCCACGGAGACAAGGUUUAUUCCGGUGGAGACGAUGGAGUUAUCAAAGUUUGGAAUCAAAAAGACCUGAGUUUUGUAAACGAAAUCAAAGCUCAUGAAAGCAUGGUGUACACCCUGACUGUAAUUGGCGACAACCUUUACUCUGCCAGCAACGACGGCGCAAUCAAAAUUUGGCGUUUGCCGUCCCUGGAGCCUGGACCUACCUUGCUUUCGCACUCGGAAGCAGUUCGGAAAAUAAAAGUUCUCCCUUCAGGCGAUUUCAUUUCUGGCGACGAGGCUGGAAUGAUGCAAAGUUGGAGCGGUGAGGCCAGCAAGCAGGCUUACGAGCCAAUCGGUGAAGAAAUCUGGGAUCUCGCUGUUGACUCUGAAGGUCUUGUGUACACGGCCAGGGACAGAGACAUCACAGCUUGGUUCCUCAAAGAAAACAGUUCAUUCACGCAAAGCAAAGCGACACUUCCUGGACGGGCGCCAAUUUGCAUUGUGAACGACAACCUGUACUACACGUCGAGAGAUGGAAUGACCAUUGAAAGCGUCGGGACGGCCAAGAAAAAAUUCGAGAAAGUUGCAGUGCUGAAGGGCCACGAUAAGAUUGUCAACUGCAUGACUCACUCGGACAAAUAUUUGUUCACCGCUGGCUGGGACAACCACGUCAGAGUUUGGGAUUUGCAGACACACAAAUGCUUCGCCAACGUCGACGCCGAGGGCUACCUCAACGCCCUGGCAGCAACACCCAACGCCGUAUUUGCCGGCGGCGCCAACGGUCUCCUCGUCAAAAUCACUCCAGUCAAAUGAAAAUAAAUAAUAAAAAACUUCACAUUUAUUAGAUUUAAGUUAGUGACUUUCGCUGCUUAAACUAAUAUUGCUCUUUUUCUUUUUAAAAAAGAUUAUAAGACGAUUAAUAUUUGGGAUAAAUAAGUGAAUAUUUAACUUAUUCCUAAUUAUUCAAUUGUAAAAAAACUAACAUACUAAUUUCUUUCUUUAAUGUUGAUUUUUAAAAUAAAUGACUGAAAUUAAUUAGUGUCAUUAG